AUGUCUGCUUCAUUGGAUUCAGCGCUGGACCCCAUGGAGGAAAUAAGAUUCAGGAAGAAACAUAGUUCCAUGUGGAUGGAACUACAGAAAGAAACGCAUUUCACGUUUGAUGAAUUAGAAAAAAUAAUGGUCAUAUUCUUCAAAAUUCAAAAGCGCGAUGAAAAGCCCGCAGCCAGUGACUUAAUUUCCAGAGCUCAUUUUCGAGACGUUCUACAUACCGGUCUAGGCAUGACGGAUGCCUAUAUGAUGGAGCGAGUGAUGGUCGCUCUUGAUCGAGGCACUUCUCCCUAUGUAACGAUGGCAACCUUUGCUAAAGCUAUGUCUUUGUAUCUGCGUGGCAGUUUGGAAGAAAGAAUAACGUAUGCUUUUACGUGUUACGAUUUGUUAGGUGAAGGACAUUUAAGAAGGGAAACAAUGUACCAGUUAAUGAAAAAAAGCAUAGCUAAGGCUUCAAGAGAUGAUGACGUUGAGGAGGCGGUUAAGGAAUUCGUUGACAUCAUGCUUAAGCGAAUGGAUGCUGAUUUAGACGGCGUGAUAAAUUUUCAAGAUUUUCAUACGUCGGUAACAAAAACACCCUCCUUGCUUGAGAGUUUAGGCUACUGUCUUCCAGAAAGGCCUGCCGUGUACGCUUUUCUAACGACAUGGUGUCCAACUUGGGGUAAAAUGUGAAUAAUAAAGAGGCUGUUUGAUAAAAAAUAAAAUUUUAAUAUCUU